AAUGAAUUUACCCUAAGUAUUCAAUGUAUUUACAGAUAAUAACUAAUUCGAAAAAUUUAUUGAAGAUCUAGUGGCUGAUUGUGUUCAUGGAAUUAAACUACCAUAUUUGAAUUAAUUCCCUGAAAUUAAUCACUACAAUCUAAUUGUGGAAGCUCAAUAAUUUAUGCAACAAUUUAGUGAAUAUUUGUUAGAAAUGAAUAAUUAAAAUAGAGAAGAAGUAUAAAUAAUUAUUAAUUUGUAAUUAGGUGUAAAGACUAUUAGAAAAGUUAAAAUCAUAAAUAGACCCAGAAAAACAUUAGAUCUUCACAAGGAUAAUAACUGAGAACUUUAAAGGUAUGUGUAAACAAGCAUUAUAUACACAUAUAGCAUUAUCAAAAUAUGUUUUAAUUGAUUAUAAUUGGAAUUUGAAUGUACAUUCCAUAAAUUCUAUAUAGUUAACAAUAUCAUCCAAUAAAAUAGCUAAGUCACAAAUUCCUACAAUAAUUGUAGAAUUGCAUUUAUAAACCUUAGAUAAUAUAGCUAAUAAAAAAAAGAUUAGAUUUGAAAUGACAAAGGAAGAGCUUGAAUAGUUUGUAGGUAAAUUAUAAAAAGUUAUGAAUUAAUUAUAAUUAUAAUAUAAAUGA